AGGAACACCCCGUAGUAUCGUCGAAUCAGUAUAGCGGGGAGCGCUUAACGCGAUGCUACUAUGCAGUAUAUUGCGUGGAGCGCUAUCCGCGUCUUUCGGCACCGUCGUGCAGAUUACGAUCUUCUUACUGCAGAACUCCAAUAUCUCGAGAGUGCUCGCGUCCAUGCCACCAGGAGCCGAAGACGAAGUUAUCCUGAUCGAACAUCUACCGGGACGACGGGUGCAUCUCCAAGAUUUCUUUUGGACCGGCUUGGAAGACGCGCCGCCGUGGGUGGAUCCCAAUCAGGGUUUAACUUAUUACGAGACAAGAACGAUCGUUCACACCGUCACAGUUUAUACCCCGACCGAUGAGAAGGGCCCGCAAGACCCCAUAUCUCCUCAUCGUCCAGAUACUUACAAUCCGGAAUGCGUCACGUGCAUAGAACCGACACCUAGGUUGGACGAUGAUGAGGAUCAGAGCAUCGGGGUCCUUAUCGGAGAUGAUCCAGGCCCAAGGUACUGGCUAUUGACAGUUCUUCGACCAGGUGAAGCCGUACCACCCAAAGUCGAGCUUCGUUUGGCUCGCUUGUAUCGAGCGGCGUUUUCCAGACAGCAGCAACGGCACCUCGGUCUGCUGUCGACGGAUCCACGGUCCCGAAGAGACGCAUUGUUACGCGGCCUUAUUAAUCGAAAGAAUAUACAAGAACGUCUUGGAACUUCGUCCCAAGUGAGAGCCCCGCGAGAAGAGAUUCCCGCAAAUACAACCGAAGCUCAACCAUCCGAAUUAACGGUUGGCACCAUCGGUAAUUUUUCGACUCGCGCAGGAACUGAAGCGAGCGUCCCAAGCUUACAAUUAGUCGACAACAAAUACUUUUCGAACGUCUCGCAAGUCAAAUCUAUGAGAAUGAUCGAAAUCCCCAGGCCGAAAAAGAUGUUGCUGCCGACAUUCGACAUCGACGCAACGACCGAUAAUAACGAAAAAACUGCAAAAGAUGAUUUCGCUCUGAAGAAGAUCAUAAAAACGUUGAAAGGAGAAACAAAAUCCUUGUCCAUACAGAACGAUGAAUCUAUAACCGUCGAUCCGACGCACCUCGGUCCCGAUAGAGUUGACGAUUCCGGCAAACAAUCCCCACCAGAAUUGGUGCCAAAAUUGAAUACUGAUAGCAUCUCCGGAAGCCGAUCUAACGAUAACAAAAAUGCGAGUGCAAAUAUACGCUCGAGAUCGCGUUUCGCGGACGGUUCGAUUCCGGGGGUCGUAAAAGUUAGAAUGCAGAAUACGAGCGUAAUCGAGGGCGGCGCUACGAGAUUGAUCUAUUCGGUUCAUCUCGACGAUAAGCCCGUUCCUGCUGAAACGGCCGCGAGGGAUAUGGCGCUUCUCUCGCCCCAGGAAGUCGCUCUGGAACUCGGUGCACCGGUGAUUAUUCAAAGCGAACCUUAUCUGAAGGAGAGUAGACCUCUAGCAUUAUCGCGGAGGAGAGACGCAUGGCUGCUAAUCGGUGCUGCUGGCGCGGGUGUCGUUUUACUAAUCUUGGUUCUCACUGGCUUGAUCUUGGCUGCCAAAAGAAAAAGGGCGCACAGCGCUGUUGUUGCACCGCCAAAUAAAAGUAUUCUUAAGAAGGAACGCGAAUACGCAGCCACAACGUCCGGUCUCGAUAACGCUGCUUUCUCAACGUCGGAGACAGAAGUCAAGACCGAUGGUACCAGUCAGCGGCAAACUCCGCGGACUUUAUCCCGAACUCCGAUCACGCCCGACACGCCCGACAGUUUGGAAUUAGGCAUUCACGAAGUUUCCAGCGACGACGACGAAGAACCGAGGAAAACUCGCGGUUCGGCCCCUUGGGGUACUCAAGAACACGCAGUUAAGAAAGCAAGAGCGUCUCACGGAAGAAUGGCGAGAGCGAACGCAAUGGACCGAGCCGGGUCACCGGACUCGUUAACCGAUCAUGUAGAGACACUCGAGUCUCUGGAGAACGGUUAUGUGAAACAUAAGGAAGAAUCCACCGCUUCACCGCGAUCUUAUUUAUCAAUGCCAUCGUGCAAGCAGUUUCCUAGUAUGCGUAGCGUAGAACCACUGUCUAGAGUGUUGGAACCCGUCAUGGUCAGGCACUUAGACAUCGAUUCCCCGGAAUUAGUGCGUCACGAUAGAGACGACAAUAUCGACGAUACAUUCCUCGCAAGAACAUCGAGCGCCUCGAAGGAUCCUGGAGCUGUAGGACCGAUUGUUUGGAAUCUUAGCAAGCAGAUAUUCUCUACAGAAGAUUCAACUACUUUAAAGGUAAUGGUACAUCCGAAACGGAUUUCGAUGGAGUGUACCGUCUACCACCCGGACCCGUGGGCCGCGCCAGGAGGAGACUCCACGAGUUGCUCGAGGACUCCUUCAGCCUCUUCGGAAGCAGAGACGUCAAGAUCAAAGAGCCGCAACGACCGCCGCAGCCGCCGAUCUCCGUCGCAUGUACAACGGACACACUCGCGAUACUCUCGGAGACCAGAGGCAAAUCCGCCCACGUCAGGUACAUAUCCUUCUUCUUCUUCUACUUCUUCUUCUAACAGUCCGGUAGCAACGCCAACGAUGGAAAUGAAAACACGACCCCGUACAUCAUUGCCGCGUAGAGGCCUGGACGAGGACAUCCCGGAAACUGGCCAAACUGAAUCGAUUCAUUCUCGCGGUGCCUGGGGCUCAAGGCCACUCAGCGCGGGUCCAUUCCACAGACCGAACUUGCCGGAAGUGGACACCAGGCGUAUAUUAGCGGAUAGCAGGUUACCACCGGAGGAUCCUGCGGUACCUUUGAUUGCGUCAAUCAAAAAAGAACUUGAAAAAUUCUCGCCCCAGUAGAGCCCAGUUACAAGUACAAUAGGAUGCAAUAUCUAUUAGCUUAAGUGCUCGCGAAGUGAUAUACUCUUAAGUCCAAAGACGAUGUAAAUAUUCAAUCAAAUUUUUUCCAUAAAAUUUUAUAACUCGACGUCGAAGUUUUCCAUUAUAUGAACUGUAAUAUGUAGCAAAACAGAACAUUUUACACGUAUCAUAUCUACAUCGAAAGCAUAAACAUUAUAGUAAGAGGUGGAAAAUAAGUCAUGUCAUAGUUUUGUCGUUCAAAGUCAAAUUUGUGCCACCGAAUUUAACUUAUUAAUCAGUCACUGUAUAUAUCAUUACAUUAAACAUAAAAUUUUGUAUUAAGUUUUUGCAAACAGGUUGAAAAAAUUAAUACAAUACUCAUGGAUAGAAAA